AAACACAGAAUAAGGAAAAAAUAGACGAACUGAGAAAAGAAUCAAAUAGAGAUAGGGAAGAGCAACAGAAGACAACAAAGAGGAAAUCGGAACCAAUGAAUUUUGAAGGCUAUGUGAGUGAAGAUGAUGGAAUAAUAUUAGGAGAAGAUUUAACUGUACAUGAAGAAGACCCCGUGGGUAUGGAGAUGGGCGCAGAUGAAGACACCAAGAUAUUGAUAGAAAAUUCUGUAGGGACGCUUGGAAGUGAGGACGGAGAGAUGGUUGGGAUUUCGGAUGGAGGAGAUAUAACUGUAAAUGAAUUGAAUGGAAACGAUGAUGAACCGCAUAUAGGUAUGGAGUUUGAAUCUGAAGAAGCAGCGAAGAUAUAUUAUGCUACAUAUGCUAGGCGGGUUGGUUUUAUUACUCGAGUUGGUAAUUGUCAUCGUUCAGGUCGUGACAAUUCCGUUAUAAGUCGGAGAUUUCUUUGUAACAAAGAAGGUUUCCGACUGAAUAGCAACAAGAUAAAGCGACUUGAAGGCAGAAAACCUCGAGCAAUUACGAGGGAAGGUUGCAAGGCGAUGAUUAUGGUUAGAAAAGAAAAGUCGGGGAGGUGGAUCAUCACAAAACUUGAGACUGAGCAUAGUCAUCCAUUAGGGAUCCCAUCCAACAAGAAUCGCCGUGUUUCUGUUCAGGCUCGGCCACAGGAUGAAAAGGAUAAGAAAAUUCGAGAAUUGUCUGCGGAACUUCAUCGUGCAAAUCAACAAUUAGCAGAUUGCCGGCAACAACUAGACAUGAUAUUGAAAGAUAUUGAACAACACACGAAUCAUUUAACGAAAAGUGUUGAAAAGGUAGUUGAGCAAGUAAAGGAACUUGAAGCUGAAGACCUAGAUUAUUCUUCUUACCAUAUUAGCAACUAGGUGAUGGUUUAUUUUUUCCGACCAUUCCUUUUUAAGUUGUCUACUCCCAUGAGUCCCUUGAUCUUUAUUCACGAAACCUAAAGGUCCUUGCCAUGCUAUACACGUGUCCAAAUUUUCAUGCAGGAUCUGGUUUUGUAGUUUUUUUUUUAAAGAAAUUUAUAUCUCCCGCUCACAAAGAGGGUCUCGAAGAUCUAGAUGGAGAAAGAUUGAUCUACAUGAGUGGGAUUACAUGAUAGAUUAGUUCUGUAUUAUAUAGGGAAAAUAAAAUUUGAAAUUUUUGAUAAUUUUAGUUUUCUCGCAUCAGGUAUGAUAUUGGUCUUGUUUCACCCUUCUUUAUACCUUUUCUUGAUCUAUUAUCCCAGACCGUUGGCAGAAGGAUCCAAUUGUCUCAUAUAUGUAAUAAUUUUGUUUCAAAUCCAUACGAAGCUCAUCUAUUUGCUUGUUUGCUCUAAAUAAUCAAACAGACUCUUUGUUUAA